AUGCCUAAAACUUCAAAGAAAAAUAAAAAUCGUAUCGCUUCGCUUAACAUUAAUUCAAAUUUCAACGAAAACAAUUCCAAAUCAAAUAGAGAAACACACUUUAUUGACAAUAAUUCAAAUAAAGUUCUAACCGAUAUCAAACCGACUUUCCCUCCCAUUUUAACAACAUACGAUCUCAUCAAAAAUGCUAAUAACGGUAAAGCCAAAAUACUUCCAAACGCUUUUAUCGCGUACAGAAUGGCAUUAAAUCGUGAGUAUCGUAUUAAAAACGCUAAAAUACCUCCUGCGGGACAAUUCUCUAAGCUCGCCAAAGAAUCUUGGAAUAAUGAAUCACAAAACGUAAAAGACUAUUACAAUAAAUUAGUUGAGGAAGCUAAAAAAUUAUUUAAGCAAAAUACAAUUCAAAUCGUAUUUGAUAAACAUAUGAAUGAUGUUGAAAAUAAUCAAGAAAGCGGGCAGAUUCCAUCUUUACAAACAACGAAUUUAAUUUGUGACUCUGACUCGGAUAAUGCUAAUUAUACUCAAAAAGAAACACCUGUUGAGAAUUUAAUCUGCACACAAGAUUCAUCAAGCGUAUACCUUCCGAUCUUUCUGACUGAGCAUCCUUCUAUCAGCGGUGUGAAUUCUUCAUUUGAUGGAUUCUUUCAAGCUAGUUAUGCAAGAAAUAACAUUUUCGUUGAUCCGUAUGGAAUACAUUCGGUUCCUAACGAACAGGAACAUAUCAGAAUACUGCAACAAAUCAUCAUCUAUUUACUUCAAACCAAUCAGUAA